AUGGUGAGCGCCUUGCUACAGGAUAGAAUUGGUCCGAGCGGCCUGGAGCUGGAGGUCCGCGAAUCUCGAGAAAGUGAGUUCACACCUUUGUUUAUCGAGAAAGAAGGAGAUGCCGUGCUGCUGGCUUCGGACACGAUGGAACGUUGGACAAGCGGGCACUUGCGAGCAGCUGUGCGUCUGGAGGACUUACCACCUGUCAUUUCUUUAUCAAAUGCAGCAUCUGUAUCUGGAAAGGCCCGUGUUCCUGAGCGAAGAUUAGCAACCAUGUUCUAUCACGCUCCCCCAACUAUGACCUUUGGUCUUCUACUGCACUUCGUACAGACUGAGAAUCAAGCCAGCUACGAAGAUGUGGCUGCCGGGGAGUAUCUGAAGCGGCAGAAUAAGAGGCUUUACUCAGCAAAUGAAGUACCAUGA